AUGAACUCUAAGAAGGAGAAGCCCGUCCACUCUCUCAUCGCGGGUACGACUGCUGGAGCGAUAGAGGCAUUCGUGACAUACCCCACCGAGUUCGUAAAGACCCGGACACAGUUUGGUGGGCAGCGAGAGUCACCCUUGACUAUCAUCCGCUCGACUGUACGCGAAAAAGGUGUAGCGGGUCUGUAUUCGGGUUGUUCGGCACUCGUGAUAGGCAAUUCAGUCAAGGCUGGUGUUCGAUUCGUGAGCUAUGACCACUUCAAGAGUAUGCUCGCAGACGCAGAGGGCAAUGUCAGUGCACCUAGAAGUUUACUUGCUGGUCUCGGCGCUGGUAUGACAGAGGCCAUCAUCGCUGUUACCCCUUCAGAGACUAUCAAAACUAAAAUGAUCGAUGACGCCAAACGUCCCAACCCGCAAUAUCGCGGUCUUGUUCAUGGAACGAUGUCUAUAAUUCAACAGGAAGGCAUACUCGGCAUAUAUCGAGGGCUCUUUCCUGUCAUGAUGCGUCAAGGAGCCAACUCUGCAGUUCGUUUUACGACAUACACGACUCUCAAACAGUUCGUUCAGGGAACUACGCGACCAGGCCGGCAGUUACCUCCAGGGAUCACGUUUGGCAUUGGUGCAGUAGCUGGUCUGGUGACAGUCUAUGCGACACAACCGCUAGACGUGAUUAAGACGCGGAUGCAGUCACUAUCAGCGCGCCAGCAGUACCGUAACUCUUUCCACUGUGGAUAUAGGAUCUUGACUGAGGAGGGUAUCUUCCGGUUUUGGACUGGUACAACGCCGCGACUGGCCAGAUUAGUUGCGAGUGGAGGUAUCGUCUUCACAGUCUAUGAGAAGAUUAUUAGCAUCAUCGGUGGUCGGGAGCAGGACUAG